GAGUGGGCAAGAUAGUUGGGUGUUGGUGAGGUGGAGGUGGAGAUGGAGAAUUUCAUCCCUAAAAAUAGGGAAACAGGUGCUGGAGUUGUGGUAGAAACAUCAGAAGAAGAAAUCGGAGUCAAACCUAAACCCACCUAAGUGUGUUUGCAGUGGAACUGGUUGCAAUAAGGGUGGCACUGAGGUGGGUGGAAUUUAAAGGGCUGAAUAAGUUGUUAAUCUGCAGUGACUCUCUGUCAGUGUUGCAGUCGCUGCAGGGGAAAAGAGCAAAGUACCAUCAGGAGGUGUUAUUUGAUGUUAUGGAAUUAAGUAGAAACAAUAAUAGGGAGAUGGUUCAGGGACACGUGGGUAUUAAGGGGAAUGAGUGGGUGGACAGGGUGGCAAAAAGAGCAACAGAGCAGGAGGAGGUUGUGGAACAUGUUAAAUUGUCAAAGGGUGAAGGGAAAAGCAUAGUAUGGGUGAAUAUUGUGAAGGAGUGGCAGGAUGGUUGGGAUAAAGACGAUAAAGCUUUAAAGUAUCAAAAAGAAUGUGAGAGUAGGUUGAGGACUAGGUGGACGUGGGAGAAGAGAACAGGUUAUUUUAAGUAGAUUAAGAAUUGGGCACACAUAUUUAAAGAGCACUUUAUGUUUGAUGGGGAGAUACGUGGAUGGGUGGUGUGAGUUUUGUGGAGGGAGUGGAACAUGUUAUAAUGGAGUGUGACAAGUAUAGGAGGGGAAGGGAAGGAAUGGUGAGGAGUAUGAGGGAAGCAGAAAUGAAAGAUGUGUCCUUGACGACUGUGCUGGAAGGUGAAGGAUUAGAGUUAGGGAUGGAAGCCUUGUUUAAGUUUUUAAAUGUUACUGGGCUAGGUAAAAGAAUGAGGGCUAGAAAUCGAUAGGUGGCGGUAGUGCAACAAUGUGGAUGCAAGCCGCCAUUAAACACAACGGAAGAAGAAGAAGAAGAAGUUGUUGUAGUAGUAGUAGUAGUAGUAACGCGAACGCACCAUGACAUCCAUGGUAACGACGAGACGCUGAAACAUGGCGCGGAGCAUGGUACUUGGCUAAUGUAGGACGCAAAUGUAAACAGCGUGUUAUACAGAUCCAGGAGCGAAUCAUUUGGAUGCUACUUAACUCGUUUAUCUAGGUUGGCUGACCGCUACGUCUGUGAGCGUUUCCUCACGUUAGCCCUCCCUACAUUUACAUCGGUUGAAGACGGAGAAGUAGCUACAGUAGCUAGUCGGCUUGUACGCUAACGCUACACAACAGCCCCCUUAACGAGCGUUGAUCCCGUCGUAACCCAUGGCUUUCUAUGAAGUCUAUGCUCACCCGGCUCUGAUUCGGUACAAGACAAGUGUUUGUACUAAAGCUACACUGUUUCUCCUCGUCAUGCUGUGCCUCACCUACAUCCCACCCCUGCUCGUCGCUUACAGGAGUCAAGGCUUCUGGAUAAAAAGAGGCACGUAUGAGGAACAGCCGGUUGUACGGUUCCAGUACCAGACUCUGCUGGUCGCAGCAACAAGUACUGCGGGAGACUACGUCGCCUGGAGCACAUACCCCUACUUUAACAACAUGCUUGGAUCAAACCUCCAGAUCCCUGCUGUCUCUGUCAGAGAGGAGGACCUGAACCAGGACGGGAAGAUGGACCUGCUGGUUCUUCAGCUGCAGCUGCCACUGAAACCAGAGCAACAGCGCAUGUCCACAGUGGUCAUGCAAAGCAUGGCCUACCUGCAGUAUUCGUCUCCAGUCCCCGGCGCAAAGCUGUUCGUCAGCGGAGACCUGAGGCUACAGCAAAGGACACCCCUGCCUCACCGUGGACUUUACAAUGCUUACAAUGUGUCGGUGAUCGAUGGUACCAGCCCCUUUGCAAGUGCAUAUGACCUUGACAGCAUAGUCAGGAGUUACCAGAAAAGAAACUUGACCACUGUACUGUCCUGUCCAAUGCCAGUCUGGACCGUGGGUCAAGCUGCUGGUUCGCCCUUUGAGCUUAAUGCAGAGAUCCGUUAUCCAGUGGAGCUCAUUAGCUACCGGCCCGGCUUCUGGGAAACUAUCAAGUUUGCUUGGAUCCAGUAUGUCAGUGUGCUCCUCAUCUUUAUCUGGGUUUUUGAACGUGUCCAGAGAUUUGUUUUUCAGAACCAUGUUCUAACGACUAUACCUGUUGGACCAGUGGGAAAAGCUCACCUGUCGUGAUUCAGCGGUGAUGCUUCGACCUCCAGGGACACGACAAACACUGGCUAAUGUUAAAUGGAUCAGUGACUUGCACAACAACAAGCGGUGUCAUUGUCAGUUUCAAUACACAAACAUCUGCUUAUGCUGCAACAGUGAACUGUCUGAAAACAACAGUUUGCAGAAUGAGGAUUGUUGUGUAUAAAGUAAUGAUUAUUGAGUUGAUAUUUACCAGUUAGUCCUCCCUCCUAUCACUAAGUGAACAAUUAGCCACUGUAUCUAUGCACAUCUACAUUAGAUUACAUUACAUUCUUGUAAUUUUCUGCAGUUUAAAGAUUAAAGAAGAAACAUUACUUUAUGCAUGUAAUCACAGUAAAUGCUGCAAAGUAUUCACUGUAUUGAGAUCCAAAUCUUUAUUAUUAUUAUUAUUAUUAUUAUUAAUAUGUACGUUUUUCUGCAUCUAACUAGUCCCGCAAACUUUCAGCUACAGAAACCAUUCAAAUAUUAAAAUAUUCAGCUUGCGUACAACUUUUUCAUUUUGAGGAAUUUUGAGCUUUUCCAUUAUUAGCCCCAUAUUUUUAAGCCAGAACUUCUGUCUUUAACUCGUCACAACAGCCAGUUUUUACUCUCUGAACAUUUUUUUCACUCGGCAUAGUCAUACGUGUCUUCUUUCUAAUGAUGUGUCCAGUCAGCCCCCAGAAAUCCUCACAUAGACUCUAAUGCAUUUGUCUAAGACUUUUUCAGAGAAACACAGAAAUACAAAAUUUUGAAAUUGCGACUGCCUCAAUGUUUGGUCUUCAAACAUAAAACUCAUACCAGUUGCUCAUUAAGGCCUUGGCAUUCAAAAAGAAAAAAAUAUUUUUUUUGUUAAGCUAUUAUGGUUUUGCUGUAACAAGCCUGUUUAGCAGGGGUUCAACUCUGUUUUCACAGCGCAGAAUGGAGCUGAUUUUCUCCACCUUUCCUUUUUUGAAUGGGUAAAUAUGAUUACCCAAUUACCUGCACAGGCUUCCUCUAUAUCCUUAGGUAGCAAUAAAAUAGCAAUAUUUCUGCUUUCAACUGA